CAAUAAUAAAAAAAAAGUUUUGAUUUGAAAAAAAACUUGAAUUAAUUUAAUAGCGAUGUCAGCCAUAAUCAACAAUAACCGAGUGCUGACACACCUGUAUUACGAUGUCGUGUCUCCCUAUUCGUGGAUAGCCUUUGAACUUCUGUGCCGAUACCGACCGCAAUGGCCAUCGAUGUCACUUAAACUUAAACCCGUUUUUUUGCCGGCCGUUUUCAAAGGUGCCGGCAAUCCUACAGUACUGGAGAACCCAAGCAAAGCUAAAUACCUGUUCAAUGACGUCCAUAGACUGGGAAAGUAUUAUAAGAUACCGAUUCGCAUACCCGACAACUUCAUCGAAGUGGCCUCAGUUAAGACAUCACUGAAAGCCAUGCGUUUUAUCACUGCUGUCGAUAUGAUAACAGAUGGCAAAUCCACUGAAGACCUAUCACGACAACUGUCCAAACGGGUGUUCAAAAGUCAUCAGGACGUAACACUGGCCGACAGUUUGCGGGAGGCCUCACAAAAAGGUGGUCUCAACGAGAAAACAGUAGAGAAAGCGCUGGUUUUGAUGGAAAAACAAGAAGUAAAGGACGCUCUUCGCAAAACUACCGACGAGUUGGUCUCUAUUGGCGGAUACGGUGUGCCGACAAUUGUUGUCCAUUUAGCCGAUGGCCCCGAACUGGUGUUUGGCAGUGACCGCAUGGAACUGAUUGGCUCAUUGCUCGGCGAGAAAUAUGUCGGUCCACUCAAUAAGUACAGCCAACUCAUGGAUGAUAGCAAACUGUGAUUUUGAUUUAGAUUAUUGAUUGCAAUACUUUUUUUAGAGACAAUUCAAUUUUAUUAGUAUU